CCGUUUUUAAUGGGACGAAAAAAGUAUUAAUUAUGCGAUACGACGUAGGGUCUUUCCAUUUAGUUUAUUAAAACUGCAUGCAUAUUAGCCGAAACUUGAAUCAUAUUUAUGAAUCUUAUAUGCACAUAUUCGUGUUGACUAGAAUCUUGGUGAAAUAUAUACAAAGACUUAGUGUUCACUAAUCUCAUAUCCAUGAUCAUUUAAUUAUUAUUUCGUACAAUGAGGCGCCUGCAGUGGAUGACGAUUUAUCCAACCGUUUCUUCCUUGUUUCAUAUAAACACUCCCCACCUAUUUCUCUAUAUUCUACGAAAAGGAAAUGAAUUCGAGCAUUACUCAAACAAACAACAUUAAUAAAUAAGUUAACAAAUUUUGCAAUAACACACAAUGGCUCUGCUUCAGCUGUUGUUGUUGUUGUUGUUGUAUUACCUUGUUUCCUCAGCAGCAUCCAACUCCUCCUUCACCAGAACAAAACCAGGUUGCCCGGGAAAAUGCGGAGACGUGAGAAUCCCAUACCCUUUCGGCAUCGCCUCAAACUGCUCCAUCCCAGGCUUCGACCUCUCCUGCAACACCUCAACCUCCACCCACAGGCUCUUCCUCCACCUCUCCGGCGCCGCCACCUACCGCGUCGUCAACAUCUCCAAAUCCAAGAUCCGGAUUAAAAACCCCGUGUACGCCCACCGCUGCGAGAACUACCGCUACGUCCCCACCAAUAUCACCAUCAUGGACCUCGCCGGAUCCCCUUACACUAUAUCCGACCUCAACACCGUGACGCAGGUCGGCUGCACCGACCUCACCGUGCUCGAAGGCUUCCACGCCGGCGUGGCGCGCAGGGACUUCGUCGGCGGCUGCGUCACCUUCUGCUCCACCAACAAUCUCAGCGUCGGCAACACCUCCUGCCCCGGAAACGCGUGCUGCCAGGUUGCGGUGCCCAAGGGGACCGUCUUCCUCAACGUGUCCGUCUCCGGGCUCAAGAACAUGUGGGCGAGCACGGAGGAUGCGCGUUGCAGCUAUUCGUUUCUCGGGGAGAAAGACAGCUCCGCGUUUCACCCGGUUUCGGAGCUUUACACGCCGGGCGUGCCGAGGUAUACUUGGAUGAAGAAUCGGACGGUGGUCCUCGACUGGAGGAUCGGGACGCGCAGCUGCAGCGACGCCCCGAGUUUGGGCGGCUUUGCUUGCCUGAACAACAGCCACUGCGUUAAUGCGAGUGGUGGAAUCGGAGGAUACCGGUGUAGCUGCUUUCGGGGAUACCAGGGCAAUCCUUACCUUCCUCCUGGUUGCCAAGAUAUUGACGAGUGUGAGAAGAAUCCGUGCCACGCCACCGGAAUUUGUACCAAUACGCCCGGAGAUUAUAUCUGCAGAUGCCCGCCGGGCUAUCUUGGUAACGCCGGGAAGAAUACUAUUGGCUGUGUCGCCGUCAUUCCCAAGCUCAGUAAACUGUCGAUAGGUUUAAUAUCUGGGAUGGGUUUCACAACGUUGUUGUCGCUCUCCUUUCUGCUGGCCAAGUUUAUGAGAAAGAGGAAGAAUCGAAAGCGUCGAGACAACUUCUUCAAGCAAAAUGGUGGUCUCUUACUAAAGCAACAAGCUUCAGUCAACGAAGCCAUCCUCGGAAACAUACGAAUUUUCACGGCUAAGGAGUUGGAGAAAGCCACGGAUCGCUUCAACGACAGCCGCAUACUUGGCCGAGGUGGCCAGGGCACGGUCUACAAAGGAAUGUUAUCCGACGGCCAGAUAGUGGCCAUCAAGAAAUCCCAAUUCGUCGAAGAGCGCAAAUCCAAGCACGUCGUGGAGCAGUUCAUCAACGAGGUUGUGAUACUAUCGCAGAUCAAUCACAGGAACGUUGUCAAAUUGUUGGGAUGUUGUCUGGAGACGAGAGUCCCUCUUCUCGUGUACGAGUACGUGCACAAUGGCACGCUUUACCAUCUCGUACACGAUGAAGAGAAUGCGGAGUUUAUGUUCCUGUGGAACACGCGUUUGAAGAUCGCAGCAGACGUGGCCGGGGCCGUGGCCUACUUGCACUCGGCCACGUCGCUCCCCAUCUUCCACAGAGACAUCAAGUCGUCUAAUAUACUCUUGGAUGAGAAAUACGUGGCCAAGGUGUCGGAUUUCGGGGCUUCCAAGUCCAUGCCUGUGGACCAGACUCACCUAACUACCAAUGUGAAUGGAACUUUUGGGUACAUAGAUCCGGAAUAUUUCCAGUCCAAUCAGUUCACAGAGAAGAGCGAUGUGUACAGUUUUGGGGUUGUUCUUGUCGAGCUUCUAACCGGAUUGAAGCCGAUAAUAUCUUCACCGGAGACAGAAGAAGAGCAGAAGAGUCUAGUUUUACGUUUCUUGUCGUCGAUGAGCGAGGACAAACUCAACUCGAUUCUAGACGAUCGAGUGGUGUUGGGGCAAGGUGAGAAGGAAUGUGUAGUUGCGGUAGCGAAGCUUGCGCAGAGAUGUCUGAAUUUGAACGGUAAGAACCGGCCGUACAUGAAAGAAGUAGCCACGGAAUUGGAUACUCUCAGAUUUGCUCAACACGCAAAAUCGAGUGAGGAAUCCGCAUGGGAUAAAGAAGGAGGAAUGAUUCUCUCAAUAGAUGAUGGCAACUGUAAUUGGACAAAUACCUUUGAUUUUCCGACAAACUCAUUUCCUGAUUCUUUUCCUAACAUGUUUGCGAAGGAACUUCGGCGAUAAACCGGCUGCUAAUUAAUUAAUCCAAGUUAAUUUGCUGCCUACUUUUCCUUGUAAUUUCCAUAUUGUUUAAUUUGAUUUUGUAAAUUUUGUUAGAGCUAGUUGUGUGUUUGGGGGCUAAUUAUGAUAUGAUUACAUUUCUUUGAGGGGAA